AUGUCCUUCCCAUCCCCCUCCGCCUCCGACCCGUCCCUCACCACCUCCGCCUACAUGGUCUCCUCUCGCGACAACUACUCCGACGAAGACGUCGCCUCUCUCCCAUCCGAAUCCACCUCCGCCUCCGACCUAGACACCCUCUCAGACUACUCCGACGCCGAGGAGGAAUGGCGCGAAAGCAUUGAGCAAUUGGAGCUCCUCCUGACCAUGGUCCUGGUUCCGUUCGUGGGGAAAUACUUUGGGAGGAAGUGUGCUUAUUGGGGCUGGACCAGAUUCAUGGAAUGGAAAUAUCCCGUCGAAGUGGUGAUGAAGAACCCAUCGGCGUAUAAGGGAACGGGAGUUGUUGCAUCACUAUGA